AUGCCGGAAUCUGUACAGUUUUAGUUUUGUGGCUUUUUUCUCACGCAAGCAAGCACAGAGCCCCCGGCGGAAAUCGAGCUCCCCAUCGUCCUAAUAAUUCACCAUGGCCGACCAAAUCGAGAAGGCGUACCAGAAGCAGCACUUGUUCCAAAACGCCAAAGCCCGCGGUGGCAAGAAAGUCGCGACAAAGGAAAAGCGGUGGUACAAGGAUGUUGGUCUUGGAUUCAAGACCCCUUCGGAGGCUAUCCAGGGCACUUACAUCGACAAGAAGUGCCCCUUCACCGGUGAUGUCUCGAUUCGUGGCCGUAUCUUGACCGGCAAGGUCGUCUCAACAAAGAUGACGCGGACAAUUGUCAUCCGCAGGGACUAUCUCCACUACAUUCCUAAAUACAACCGUUACGAGAAGAGACACAAGAACAUGGCCGUACACGCAUCGCCCGCUUUCCGUGUAGAGGUCGGUGACAUCGUCACUGUUGGGCAAUGUCGGCCGUUGUCGAAAACGGUACGAUUCAAUGUCCUGCGGGUGUCGAAGAGUAAGGCAUCAGCCAAGACCUUUGGCAAGUUCUGAGAUGGACUUAGUGCCGUCGAGAUUCUAUUUACGUUUUGCCACUGCAUGAUUUCUACUACCAUUGCGCUAUGCCCGCAUGAAAAUACAUGGCUGCACUAUGACAAGCACUUAAUUUAGAAGACCUAAGUCGCAAAGCAUAGGAAUGAUAAUCAAAAUCAGAACUAAGCUUAAGCAGUACUUGAC